AUGUUCUUGCUUCAUACAAAAUGGGAAGGCUCAAGUAUUCAAUUUGCCGAACCUUUUGUGGAACUGUUCUUCCGUCGAGACGCACUCCGAGCCCUACACAAUAAUGUGGACCAGAACACGCUUGAUCAGGACCGUGAGGCAAAACACAACAUGGAAAUCGCGAGCAAGAUUCUGGAAUUUCUUGAUAACGAUGCCAUGGACAUCGGGAGAAAACUGGAUGAAAUUGCUUCCGGAACCUCGUCAGGCAUUAUUCAAUUCAUUGAUCUUUGGAUGUUGUAUCCACCCGGAACACUUAUUUUCGAGUUCUCAGGAGAUGAUGAGCUUUCCGCUUACAUGGUAGACUCAGUGAUAUUUGAGAAACCAAGUCUCCAGCGGUCUCAUCAUAUGUCGAGCUUGCCACCCUUGACGUUAUACUGCUGGGCGGUCGAUUAUGACGAGAAGUUUCUUGAGGACGAAGCAAAGGUAAAAGCUAUUCUAAAGGCCAGGGGACAAGCAUUCUGGGCGAUGCAAGGCCCCAGUUUUCGUCAGGUUGCGAGCGACACGCAAGCAGGAUUAACCAAAGACGAAUCAGAGAGGGUGGUGGUGGAUAGAAAAGCUCACCGCAGCUUGUUUGGCGGAUGGUCUCUAUCUCCAAAUGAGUUGAAGUCGAAUCGCUGGGACAACGGCGAUGAUGACCGCAUCUCUGUUGGUCACAAUAGUAACAGGGCUGUGUAUAAUGGUGAAGUCCCACCGCCCUUCACAUCCAAGCGCUUCACAUCCGAGCCCAUUUUAUCAUCAGCCUGGUACGGCGAGUAUGACACCAUUGAUCCAUUGAGACAGCCGGACGAUUUAGUCCUGCUUCUCUGCCCGAAGAGAGUACAUGCCUUCUGUUUGCGGGACAAAACUUGGAAUGAGUAUGAUGUGAGCAAAUUGAAAGCCGUCGAAUUCCGAGAGAAUGCAUGGUCCCGACUUGUACUCAAUGAUCAGUACAAGGAUGUCAUUCGAGCCAUGGUCAGGUCCUAUCUCACCGGUAGGACUAAGUUCCAAGAUUUGGUGGCUGGAAAGGGGGCUAGUUUAGUCGUACUCAUGCACGGUCCUCCAGGCGUUGGAAAGACUUUGACAGCAGAAUGUGCGGCUGAAGCAUUCCAAAAGCCGCUCUACAUGGUCACAGCCGGAGAUCUCGGAACAGAUCCAGAAUAUCUUGAGAAGAAGCUCUCAAAAAUAUUUGACUAUGCUGUUUCUUGGAAUGCUAUUUUACUGUUGGAUGAGGCAGAUAUUUUUCUGCAAGAUCGAGAUUAUGAUAACCUACAGCGCAAUGCUUUGGUCUCCAUUUUCCUCCGCACUCUCGAAUAUUUUAACGGCAUUAUGUUUCUCACCAGCAACCGCGUUGGCGCCUUUGAUCAAGCCUUUCAAUCCCGCAUUCACAUCACAAUCGGGAUGCCAGAGUUCGAUGAGCGUCGCCGCAGGGAUGUCUGGAAAAUAUUUAUUCAAGAUUUGGGUCGGAAACGUGGCGACGGCUCUGCCAUCUUGACUCACGAUGAGUGUCGUGAGUUGGGCCGCGAGGUUGUCGAUUCUUGGGCCGCGCAACCGCUGAAUGGACGGCAGAUCCGAAAUUGCGUGCGGAGUGCACUGGCUCUUGCGGAGGAUAAGGGUGCCAAACCAAAUGCUAGCCACUUUAACACGGUAAUUAAAUUGGGCAAUGCUUUUACACAGUAUAUGAAGCAUCUCCGAAAAGUGGAGGAAGAUGAGAUUGCACAGAUCAAGGGCGAUCGGCUGGCAAAUAUGAAGGCGGUGUUGAUAGAUGGAAGUCAAAAACAGAAGGAUAGCGAUAAUUGA